CUUAAGUUUUUGAUACAUGAACAUGCUUUAUGAAUUGUAAUGAAUAUUGCAAUAAACUGUGAAAACAUGAAGGAAUGGUUGUUAGAAGAGUAGAGCAGAUCAAACUACAAAAUAGAUCCUACUGCUAGCAAAAAAAGGAUAUAAGGAUAUUUAUGCCUUAUUUAAACCAUAACUGCAUUUCCCCUCAACUAAAUACAAUACUGUUCUAUAUAAGGGAUAUUCAAUAUGACUAUUUAUGAAUUAGCUGUCAAACGCGGCAAAAUAAAGUUGUUCUUACUGCAUAAUUCUAAAGAGUUUCUUAAAAUAUUUGGUUAGAUUUCAGAAAAUCCAACAAAAACAACAAAAAACAAAACAAAACAAAACAAAAAAACUACAACAUACAAUGUUAGUUUUAUAGAUUCACGCUGACUAUUUUAUAUACAGUAAUUAUCGGUAUUUCCAUUUCUGGAUGCUACCUCCGGCAUCAGUCUCCCAAAUAUCGCAACAUUGUUCAAGAUUGAUGCAAAUAGAGGUGCAACAUCAUAGAUCUAAGAUCAAAUUCCAUUAUUUAUUAUUUAAACACAGCAACGUUUCGGCAAAAUGGCCUUAAUCUUUCGUACACUGAAUUGUUUGACGUCGCUAAAUGGUACAAAUCCUAGCUAAAAAAAAAAAAAGUAUGACGACUAUUCAUUUUCUUUACGUGUUUUAUGUCGACAAAAAUAAAACCUUACGAACACCGGAGUGUUCUUUAAACGCACUUCCCUUUAAUCUCGCAACUGACCUCAUUUACUGCAGAGUUGUGAGAUUUGCAGCAGCAGUGGAUAAAAAACAUAAUUUGCUUUUGUUUUCUGGAAUCGGGGGUUUGGAACGUAAAGCGGCCAGUACCCGAAGAACUUGGAAGAGAAGGUCAUUUGCAGUAAUAUUAUUAAUGCACAGUCGUGUGGUAGUCCUACACGUAAUUUAACGACAGACCUCAGAGAUAAGGCUUGUCUGGGUAUAUAAUAAGAAAACAUCUGUCUGCAAGAAAAAUGUGCGGAAGAUAAGAGCUUCAAGGUUCCGACAGAAGUUUUAAGCUUUCUUGCAGAGAAAUGCUGUUUACUUGAACGAAAGUUCACAUCAAAUAUGUGCUGUAGGCAUCCACACAUGGGAUUGUGUUUGUUGUGAGAGCCUCUUAUACAGGGCUUGCACAGCAAUAGGCCUGCAAUGGAGGAUUUUACAACCAGAACUUAUGGAACCAGUGGAUUGGACAAUAGACCUUUAUUUGGAGAAACCUCUGCUAGGGAUCGAAUAAUCAACUUAGUUGUUGGUGGCCUCACUUCUUUGUUAGUUCUAGUAACAAUUAUUAGUGCUUUUGUCUUCCCUAACUUACCUCCGAAACCUGUGAAUGCAUUCUUCGCUGUUUGUAUCAUUAUGAGUUGCAUCUCAGUUGUUAUACUUAUUGUUUGGUAUCGUCAAGGAGAUCUGGAGCCUAAAUUCCGAAAUCUAAUUUACUAUAUUUUAUUUUCAAUUGUCCUGCUGUGUAUAUGUGCCAAUUUAUACUUCCAUGAUGUGGGGAAAUGACUGACAGCACUAUGUCUUAUAGCUAAUGCACUGAAGAAAUAAACACAAGGGCCUGAAGGAGGUCAACAGGAACAUACCUUAUACAAGCAAAGAAGGCUAUAGAAGAAUAGUUUCCUGAUAUCAAAAAUGAUUUGACAUUUAAUUUAAGUUGAUGUGGGAAAGGAUGACCUUUUUAAAAUGCCUAUACCAAUUAAAGUAUAUAACUGUUAUAGUAAACUUGAAAAGGUUAAUUACGUAAGUGGUAACAUAUGCUUUAAUUGCUUAUUAUUUACAAAGGAAAAAAAAAUGGACUCAUUUGUCAUAGGUAUUGUUUUUCCAGCAUGUAGCAGAGUUGUAAUACAGUUUUGGGUAGAAGGAAGCAUCUGAUCCAAAUAAUUAAAACUUGGACACUUGCUUUGAAAUGAUGCUUAUGCUUUAUCUACCUUGCAAGCCAGCAAAGAUACCUCUGCUUUUGGUCAUGACCAUGCUGUAUACUCUUAUUUCUGAUUUUUAAUUACAUUGUGAUUCUGCAUUAAUAAUAGGCCAACGCUAUUCUGCUUGCAUCAGAAAUAAUUUUUUGUGAUAUACAUGUAAACAAGAAGAUUUGUUCAAAGUUUAACGAAAGGCAUGAACCACAAAAAAAAUUAAAAAAAAUAAAUAUGCAAGUGUACAUUCCAACCUUGCCAGUGUUUUUAAGGUGGUGUAUUCUUUUUUGCAUUUUUGGAAAUAAAACUUCACAUUCCUUUUAUUAUAAAUUUCAUAAAUAUGCUUUGAAAAUGUGAAUUACAAGUCUUGGAUUUGUUUAGUUGAAAUAAAUGUUUUGAAAUCA